AGCUCAAAGGGUUAAGCGUAGAGAGCGUUGCUUCCUAGAGAGAGACCCGGGAAUUGGAGGAAGAGACGCUUCUUCCGACUUCUGGUCCCGCUCCCUUCCCUCACUCCUGGAGAAACUGCUUUUGGGGUUUGGCAGCCUGGGAGCAACUAGGGUGGGGUCUGCAGAUUCUCAAGGGUGUGUGUGUGCGUGCAAUUCAGAGGCUGCAAGGAGCAGGACAGCAAAGAGGGAGCCUAACAAAUAUCUUACGGAAGGAUAUUCUGGAGCUGCAGUGCCAGUGCAAGGGAGAAUGAAGAUGGAGGAGCACUACCCGGGAGGUCCUGAAGACGGGGAAAGAUCAGAGGCUGGACAUGGCAAUCUUCACAUUGUCCAGAGAGGGACCAAAAAUGAGCUUCUGGCUGGGAUGGCUCCACGGCCUAUUAAGCAGGAACCUGAGGAGGGACUGCAGCAGUGCCAGGAAGCCCAGUGGCAGGAAUUCCUGAAGACCAUGCAGGCCCCAUGCUUAGGAUGGAGACCCCCACAGCUGCCUCUGCCCCACUCAGGGGAGGGUCUGAAGGAAUUUUGGGCCUUCUCCUUCAAGGAGGCCAGUUUGUGGCCGAAAGGAGAGCGUCGGACCCCAACUUUCCCAGGCCUUCGUAAGGAAGCCCCCGAGGCCUAUGAAAACAGCUUGGAUCCUCCCAGCAAAUUAAAAGAAGAGAUUCUGGAGUGGGACCCCAUUGACUCAGAGAUAUGGCGCCAACGCUUCAGACGAUUCUGCUAUUGGGAGGUUGAAGGGCCCCGCAAGGUUUGCAGGCAGCUCCAAGGGCUUUGCCGCCAAUGGCUGAAGCCGGAAAGGCACAGCAAGGAGCGGAUCCUGGAGCUGGUGACCCUGGAGCAGUUCCUGGGGGUCCUUCCUCAAGAAAUGCAGAGCUGGGUCAGGGAAAGGUGCCCACAGACCUGCACCCAGGCGGCGGCCCUGGCAGAGGAUUUCCUGCUGGGACUACAGGGGUCUGAGAGAAGUGAAAAGCAGUUGCCUGAGGCCUUGGAAGGGGUGGUUGUUAAUACCCUUGAUGCAGAACAUGAUCCGUCAGAUGUAGUGAAGAUGCAGCUUGCCAUGGAGGCCAAGGAGGAGAGCGAUGGGGAAGCCAUCUCAUUCAUGGCCGACGGGCAAGACAGCGAGGCCAGACAGAAGAACAUGCAAUGGAAACCAUUUGAGCAAGUGGAAUUCGAUGGGGCGUCCUUGGGAAGAGCCGAAGGGAAUGUAUUCCUGCUUCCUGAGUUGGGAGAGGUGUGUGGAACUCCACAGCAACCCCAAAGACACAUAGGAAGUGAUCCAAGAAUGAAAAUGAAGGAAGCCUCUUCUCUUGGGGAAAGCCACGAAGAUUUCAACAAAAAUGCUUCCCAGGAGGGGAUGUAUCAGCAUAAGAUAAAGGAGGCAGAUAUUGACUCCGUGGUAAACUUCAGCCGAUCCUCUGUCGCCCUUACGAAUCAGAUCCUGGAAGCUGCUGACAAGCCAUAUAAAUGCUCAGAUUGUGGGAGGGGAUUCCACCAGAAACCAUACCUUCGGGUACAUGAAAGAAUCCAUACAGGGGAGAAACCCUACAAAUGCUUAGACUGUGGGAAAUCUUUCAAUCGGAGGACCGGGCUUUGUAGCCAUCAAAGAGUCCAUAUGGGAGAAAAGCCAUACCGAUGUUCCUAUUGUGGGAAAUGCUUCACAGGGACUGGGAGCCUUAAAGAGCAUGAGAGAACCCACACAGGAGAGAAACCUCAUAAGUGCUUAUAUUGUGGCAAAUCUUUCAAUCGGCGGGGCGUACUUUGUAAACAUAAGAGACUCCACACAGGAGAGAAGCCAUACAGAUGCUCAUAUUGUGGGAAAAACUUUAGCCAGCGGUCACACCUUAUUUCCCAUGAGAGAACCCACACAGGAGAGAAGCCCUAUGAAUGCACAGACUGUGGGAAAUCUUUCCGACAGAGCAACGAUCUCUCCAGGCAUCAGAAAAUCCACAAAGGAGAAAAAUUGCAUAAAUGCGCCGAAUGUGGUGAAGCUUUCUAUCAGAGAGCAUACCUCAUCAGGCAUGAGAGAACCCACAUGGGAGAGAAACCCUACGAAUGCUCAGACUGUGGGAAGAGCUUCUACCAGCAAGCACACCUUAAUGCACACAAGAAAAUCCACACAGAAGAAAAACCUUACCACUGUUUCGAGUGUGGGAAAUCCUUCCGCCAAAGCUCUGAUCUUCAUAGACAUCAGAGCAUCCACAAUGGUGAAAAACCACAUAAAUGCUUAGAGUGUGGGGAAGGUUUCUUUCAGAGAGCAUACCUUGUGAGGCAUGAGAGGACCCACACAGGCAAAAAACCAUAUGAAUGCUCUGCCUGUGGGAAGAGCUUUUACCUGCAAGCAGACCUUAAUGCACACCAGAAAAUCCACAUGGAAGAGAAACCUUACCACUGCUUUGAGUGUGGGAAAUCCUUCCACCAGAGCUCUGAUCUUCAUAGACAUCAGAGCAUCCACAAUGGUGAAAAGCAACAUCAAUGCCCAGAAUGUGGAAAAAACUUCUAUCACAGAGUGUACCUUAUGAGGCAUGUGAGGACCCACACUUGACAGGAAACCAUAUAGCUCCUUUGGCUAUCUCUGUUGCAUAGGAGUAGGGGAAAGCCUUAUUUCAGAGCACUGAUCUUUAUGGAUCAUGCAGAUAUCCACUGAGACCAGGGGGAAAACAUUAUUAGUGCAUUGAUCUGGUCUCAGCAUUUUAAAAACCCACAUGAGGAACCCACAUCAUAAGCACAGCUCCCCUCUGAGGAAACCUGGAGAUGGCGAUUUUUGGAUUUCCCCCUGGGGAGGGGGGGAAAUAAAAGUAUUAAAAGACCUACAAAUGGAAA